AUGGCGUUGGGUGUUCUUAAACGAAUUGAUGUACGAAUGGCUGUUGCGGAGGAGAGGCAGGGAGGAUACUCAGCUAAAGAAAUCGUCCGUUUGAACUUGAUUGUAUGUGAUGAUUCAGUUCUCGACCCUCAGGCUGGCCUACUUGUUGUAGGAGUUUGA